AAACGACUGUGCCAGCCAGCCGUGCAUAGACUCUUCCUGCCUCCAACUGUCCGCCUACUUCAGAUCAUGUUCUUCUGUGAUUAGCCUGCAGCCUCGGCCACCAUUCAGGAGCUCUCUCACUCUCAGGCUGAGGCGUCCAUGGACCCUCUGGCUCCGCUGCUUUCGUCAGGGACUUGGAGCGCUCUAAGAACUUUUUGAACUCUCCAUGUUGGAGUGAGAAGGCAGAGGAAGGGGAGCAGUUGAUGGGACGCAGCCCAGCAGCAGCAGCAGGCUCCUCUGGAGACGCCAUCGGGACUCUAAGCUGGAGAUAAUCCCCCCUGGGGUCAUGACAAGCCAGCUCCUCAGACUCCUAACCCCCCUGGCUCUGCUGGGACUCCUCUUGGGGCUUGCAGACCUCAGCCACGACUCUGCCAUAGAGGAUGAGGAUUAUUAUAUGCAGGAGAUGCUGACAAGAGAUCAGUACAACCAGGUGCAAAUUCUGGAGAAGCCUGUGGCCUCGAUUCCUGACAGGCAUGAGCGCCCCAGCCAAAACUCGGGAAAGAAAGUGCCCAAGGGAAAGGCAGAGAGCAGCAGGCAGCUGGAUAAGGAUGCAAAAUCAGUGAAAACCGCCAACAAAAAGACUGAGAAGACCAAGAAGAGCACCCUGAAAACCUCAAACAGCAUCCCAGAAGCAGAAGGACGAUUCAACCCGAUAAAAGAGGAAUGCCCUCCCAUGGGACUGGAGACUUUGAAGAUUGAUGACUUCCAGCUUCACGCUUCAACCACGAAACGCUAUGGCCUCGGCGCACACAGAGGUCGUCUUAACAUUCAGGCUGGCCUUUAUGAAGACGACCUCUAUGACGGGGCCUGGUGCGCUGGGAGAGAUGACCCACUGCAGUGGUUUGAGGUGGAUGCCAGGAGGCUGACAAAGUUCACAGGGGUCGUCACUCAAGGCAGGAGCUCCCUCUGGUCGAGUGAUUGGGUGACCUCGUACAAGGUGAUGGUGAGCAACGACAGUCACACUUGGAUUACACUGAAGAAUGGCUCAGAAGACUUGAUCUUCAUAGGAAACAGAGAGAAGGAGAUCCCAGUCCGGAACAUCUUCCCGGUGCCCGUGGUCGCCCGAUACAUUCGAGUCAACCCGAACUCCUGGUUCACCAUCGGCAACAUCUGUAUGAGAGUGGAGAUCCUUGGCUGUCCUAUGCCAGAUCCAAAUAACUACUACCACAGGCGUAAUGAAGUCAUAACCACAGACAAGCUGGACUUCCGACACCACAGCUACAAGGAAAUGAGGCAGCUGAUGAAGGUGGUCAAUGAAAUGUGUCCCAACAUCACCCGCAUCUAUAACAUAGGAAAGAGCCACAGUGGCCUCAAGCUGUACGCUAUAGAGAUAUCCGACAACCCGGGAGAGCAUGAACUUGGUGAACCGGAGUUUCGUUACACAGCGGGUUCCCAUGGUAACGAGGUGCUGGGGCGAGAGCUUCUCCUCCUGCUGAUGCAGUUCAUGUGCCUGGAGUAUCUGUCCGGCAACCAGCGGAUCCGUCACCUGGUGGAGGAAACCAGGAUCCAUCUUUUGCCAUCUGUCAACCCCGAUGGGUACGAGAAAGCCUUUGAAGCGGGUUCAGAGCUCAGUGGCUGGUCUCUGGGUCGAUGGAGCAACGAUGGCAUAGACAUUCACCAUAACUUCCCCGAUCUCAACUCAAUACUGUGGGAGGCCGAGGCCAAGAAGUGGAUCCCCCGUAAAAUGUUGAACCACCAUGUGCCCAUCCCGGAAUGGUACCAGUCCAAAAACGCUUCGGUUGCCGUGGAGACACGCGCUCUGAUUGCGUGGAUGGAGAAGAUGCCCUUUGUGCUGGGUGGCAACCUCCAGGGCGGGGAGCUGGUGGUGACCUUCCCGUACGACAAAACCCGCUCCCAAGGGGUCACCAGGGAGCCCACCCCUACCCCGGACGACCACGUCUUCCGCUGGCUGGCCUUCUCCUACGCCUCCACCCACCGCCUGAUGACUGAUGCUAACAGAAGGGUCUGCCACACUGAAGAUUUUGCCAAAGAGGACGGCACCAUCAACGGGGCGUCCUGGCACACAGCGGCUGGCAGUUUGAAUGAUUUCAGCUAUUUGCACACCAACUGCUUUGAGCUGUCGAUGUAUGUGGGCUGUGACAAAUUCCCUCACGAGAGCGAGCUGCCAGAGGAGUGGGAGAACAAUCGCGAGUCUCUGCUCGUCUUCAUGGAGCAGGUGCAUCGCGGGAUCAAAGGUGUGGUGCGGGACCUGCAAGGGCGCCCGAUUGCUAAUGCCACCAUCGCUGUGGAGGGAAUCAGCCAUGAUGUUUGCACAGCUGCUGAUGGUGAUUACUGGCGCCUGCUAAACCCCGGGGAGUACCGAGUCACCGCCAGGGCCGAGGGCUACAGCGUCACCACCAAGAAGUGCGAAGUGGGCUACGAGAUGGGCGCCACCAAGUGCGACUUCUUCAUCGGCCGCACCAACCUGUCCCGAAUCAGAGAAAUAAUGGAAAAGUUCAACAAGCAGCCAAUCAAGAUGCCAAUCAGGCGGCUCCAAGCCCGCAGGUCCAGAGAGAGGCGGCUGGGAACAUCAUGACUGUACGACGAGGAGAGAGGAAAUGUUAAAAAGUAACAUCUGCUCUCAUCAGACCGGGGUGCAGUCCAAGAGUGGGUUUGGACCUCUGUCAGGUUCCCCUGAGUGAAGAUUUAAAAGAGGAUUAUUUAAACAGGAUGCUUUAUUUGUUAUGUGUGUGUGAUUUGGUUUUUCUCUUGUUCCCAGAUAUAAGCUCUCUUUUAUCUGAUGUCAUCUCUUUUUUUUACAUAUAUAUAUAAUGACUGUUAAAGAUAUGAUUCUGUCAGAGGCCUGCUUUAUGAUUUAACCCUUUGUUUUAUAAUUAGAAACAAUAAGACCUCCACCUUCAAAAAUAUCUGCAGAGAUUAAAAAAAAACAAACGAUAAGAAAGAAAGAAUCAUGAAAGGUGAGGAGGAAUCUGUUUUGAGUGUAACUCUAAGCACUGUGAGGAAAGGCUGUGACUGUCACUAAUGUACAUACUUACUAAUUUAUGUAACAGCGUUAUGUAAACCAUUACAAAAGCUUCAUUACCUGCACUUGUACAUUGUUCCGUUCUGUUUAAAAACCUGGACUAAGUGACCGUUUGUGUGUCACUGAUUGUGUUUUUUUUUUUUUUUACACAUUGCUUUUGGCAAGUUAUUAAAUAAAGACUGUUUGCAUACUU